AUGAAGUUUAAUCCAGUUCAAAGUAUACUUACCGUAGAGCCAGGAGAGAAUGAAACACCAGGUAAUGGAGAGUUUCUCCAAGCUUUGUCAGGCCAUGGUUUGCAAACAACUACUUUGACAACUAGAACUGGCCACGAUAACGGGCCUGACCACCCAGAAUAUGUUGCCUUUGCAUUGGUUCCUGUUUUCUUCAUCAUGGGUCUCUUUGGGAUCCUCAUCUGUCAUGUCCUUAAGAAAAAAGGAUAUCGUUGUACAACAGAGGCUGAACAAGUGGAAGAAGAAAAAAUUGGCGAAAAAAUAGAAAUGAAUGAAACUAUGCAUGAGAAUAGUGACACUGUGGGACAAAUUGUUAACUACAUAAUGAAAAAUGAAGCAAAUGCUGAUGUGUUGAAGGCCAUGGUGGCAGACAGCAGCGUUUUUGAACCUGAAAGCCCUUUAUCUCCUACCACUCCUGGGAGUCCAACAACUCCGGGGUCUCCUUUGUCACCUGGUGCUAUUCCAUUUAAACACAGCUGCAAAGGCCAUCACUUCCAUACUGUCGGAGGAGUAGCAGAAAAGGACAUUUGUACUCGUUGUAGUCACAAGCGAUGGCACCUUAUAAAGCCAGCUCACAAAUCUAAAGAGCACAGAAGAAGCCGUCUUGGAGAGGUUACAGUACUUUCUGUGGGAAGAUUUAGAGUCACAAAAGUGGAGCACAAAUCUAAUUCCAAAGAGCGGAAAAGCUUGAUGUCUGUUACCGGUGUGGAGAGUGUCAAUGGUGAUAUGCCUGUUACGCCUGCAAAACAGGAAUCGAGAGAAGCACCUGCUACACCUGUGAAACAGGGAAUACAAGAGAGAAGAAGCUCAGAGUAAACUGCAGGUGGAACUCUUAGAAGAAGCUUGACUGCUAACACUUUGGAGAAAACUGAAAACUCAAGAUGCAUAUUAUUUAAAGAAAUGUAUUUAUGGCACUAUAGCAUUUUAUAAGUUCUGUGAUGGCACCCAUGCAAGGUUAAACACUUACUGAUUUUAUUGGUGAAAAGCCAUUAAGAUUGAGAUGCUUACAUAGUGUUGAGCUCUGUGGACUUCAUACCAAAUA